AUGAUUCAACCCUUUCAUUCUGGCCAGAAGAAUUUAUCCAUUUAUUUUUCUUAUUAUUUUUUUAUGCUGACACCUGAUAUAACCUGCCAAAUUUUUAGCAAACUUAAAGAAGACCCUCAAAACUUAAAGUGCUUUGACUGCCGCAAGCCAAAUCCUGAUAGUUGCUUAAUUAACAACGGUAUCUUUUUAUGCUCAGCCUGCGCUGGUAAACACUUAUCAGCCUUGCCUGAACUUACUCUUAUAAAGCAAACGUCAAUUGAUCACUGGACUAAUAACUCCCCCCAUCUUUGAUCGAACGAUUCACUGUAAAAAUUGGGAAAAUUAAACCCCAUCCUUGAUCGAACCAUUUUCAUAUGAUGCAAAUUUUUAUAUAUAUAAAAAAAUAUAUUAGUUAUCAAAAGCUUGGGAAGAUGUAGCUAAUGAAGUUGUUUUCAGAGACUUUGAGGCGACAGAAAGCUACGGAGCCAACCAUCCAAAGUGCUUUAGUCAUCAAUAUAGGCUUAAAAACUCAAUAAUCUAAAAAAUAGAAAUUCUUUAAAAUUUAAAAUUUUUAAUUCAAUAAGGAGCAAAUUAAAAUUUAUACAGUUUAAAUGGGUAACCAAUAAAUCAAAAUAUUAAAAAUUGAUAUUUUUAUGAAAUUAAUUUAAUUUUUUGCUGUAAAAAUAAUUAUUAAAUACUCUUAACCCUAUUAUUUAAAAGUAAAUAAAAAAAUAUAUAUAAAAAUUUUUUUCCCAAAAAAAUUUUUUAGCCUCCCAUCCUUGAUCGAACGAUGGCGAGCCGUUCGAUCAAGGAUGGGGAGUAAGGAGAUCAAAAGAAUGAUUGUAGGAGGAAACGCAGCAUUUCGCGAAUUUUUAAAUUUUUAUGACAUUAAGCCAACAACCCCUAUAAGCAUAGCUUUUAGGACAAGAGCGGCAGCUUUUUACAGAGGAAUGCUAUUAACAUUUGCUGAAAAAUUACCAUUUAAAGGCACUUUCCCACCUAGAGACACAGGAAAAUUAGUUUUUGAAGAAGAAGCUAAAGGAGUCUAUCCAGAACUAGCCCCGAGAUCAAUGUCAGCGCCUGUGAUCACUGAACAAAUAAAGGCUUAUAAUCAAGAACAAAAGGCAAAAACAUCCCAAAAUGAAGGAGGAAGGCUUUCCAAUGUCUACGGAAAAAUCACAAAUGCAGGAAAUCAAGCUUUUGCAAAGGUAGAACAAUUCGGCCAAACCCCAAAAAUGAAAGAAAUUGAAGCUAAAAUGUUGAAAAUUGUGGACAAAGUUGGAAAAAAUGUUACAAAUUUUGUAGACGUUAUUACUGGGAGACCUAAAUCUCUUGAUUUAACAAAGGUAAUGUAUUUAGAAAUAGCAAAUAGUCCACUGCAUACUUAUGAUAAGAUUAACGUUGAUCAGAAAUCACAGCAGGUAAAAGUGGAAGCAAUGACUGCUUUAAAUAGAUUUACUACAGAUGAGGAAGAAGAAAAACAGAUGGCAGAAUUUCCUGAGCCUGGGAUUCAAACUAAAGGACUAUAA